GGGGUGCGUGCUGGGUCAUCCUCAGCACAUCCAUGCUGCCGCGGUGGCUCUCUUGCCCAGCCACCCCCACCUCGGUGGUAUAGUCCAGUGGGGCCUCGAAGCCAGAAGCCACGAGGCUGCUGAGGCCCAAGCUAGAGUGGACCGCCGGGGCUGCCUGGAGGAGGUGAGUGGGCGGCCGUCACCUCAGAUUUCUCACCUUCCUCACCAGCCCGGCACCCGGCUGGCGCUCCUCUGGGCCCUUGUACCCCAGGAAACUCAGAAGCUCACACCAGGGCGGGAGCGCUGGCCUCCGGUUACCGUCUCUGAGGCCAACAGCACUCGACUCUUCCCCAGCCCUGAUACCACCAGCAACAUGCAGAAUGUGGAGGACGGUGUGGCCGUUCAGGACCCCGGCGCCGGAGAGAGCAGCCCCUGCGACCCUAAGGCGGCAGGAAUGGCCCCGGAAGAUCGGAGCGGGGACCAGUCCCCGGCUGUGACAGAGACCGUUAACGAUGUCUCCAAGCUCAGCAGUGAGAUUGGGAUGAACCACGAUUUCCACACGGAAGACGCGAUUUUCCCUCCAAACAGGGCUUCGGAAGAGGGAGUGAAAGGUUCGGCUCUUUCAAAACUCAGACCAUUCCUGAAGAAAAGCAGAAAGAAAGAAGAGCUUAAGCUAUGCAACAGCUGUCCGGAAGGCAAGGUGAAGGAGGCACUGCACAAUGACUUCUGGGACCACCUUAAAGAGCAGCUGUCAGCUACUCCGCCUGACUUCAGUUGUGCUCUUGAGCUUCUGAACGAUAUUAAAGAGAUCUUGUUGUCUCUGCUGUUACCACGCCAGAACCGUCUGAGGAGUGAAAUUGAAGCCGCUUUGGAUGCAGACUUGCUCAAGCAGGAAGCAGGACGUGGAGCCCUGGAUGUCUCUUCCCUUUCUAAGUACAUUCUCAACACGAUGACGCUGUUGUGUGCGCCAGUCCGAGAUGAAGCAGUGCAGACGCUUGAGGACAUUGCAGACCCUGUUGGGUUGCUAAGAGGGAUCUUCCAGGUGCUGGGCCUGAUGAAAAUGGACAUGGUGCACUACACCAUCCAGAGCCUCCAGCCCCCGCUGCAGGAGCAUUCCAUCCAGUAUGAGCGGGCUGAGUUCCAGGAGCAGCUCGACCAGCAGCCCAACCUCCUGGACUGCACCACUAAGUGGCUCGCCCAGGCAGCAGCGGACCUCAGCACGCCACCAGCCAGCCCCGACUCUGCUGACUCCUCGGGUGUGGCCAGUCCUCCCGGUGAGGCAGCCAGCAGCCCUGAGCCCCUCAGCCCCUCCGUGGUGUUGUCACAAGGCUUCCUCAACCUCCUGCUGUGGGACCCCGAAAACGAAGAGUUCCCCGAGACCCUGGAGAUGGACAGAACCCGGCUGGAGGAGCUGGAGGCCCAGCUGCAGCGGUUAACCAUCCUGGCCUCAGUCCUGCUUGUGGCCAGCAGUUUCUCUGGCAGUGUUUUGUGUGGCUCACCUCAGUUUGUGGAUAAAAUAAAGCGUCUCACCAAGGCCCUGAUGGAGAAAUUCAAUCCUGGGCCUGAGAACGCUCUGCAGACCCUGAGUGAACAGGUAUCUCAGGAAAUCCAUCAAAGCCUCAGAAACAUGGGCCUCACUGCUCUGAGUAGUGAAAACACGGCAUCCCUGAUAGAACAGCUCCAGAGCAUUGCCAAGAAGGAGAACUGUGUCCGCAGUGUUGUCGAUCAGCGGAUGCGUUUGUUCCUCAAAUCCUGUUUGCUUCUCGGCGUACAGCGCGCCCUGUUAGACCUUCCUGGAGGCCUCACCUUCAUUGAGCCAGAGCUGGCAGAACUGGGCCAGAAUUUCAUCAGCCUAACACAUCACAAUCAGCAGGUGUUUGGCCCCUACUACACUGAGAUCCUCAAAACCCUCAUCCCCGAAGACCAGGCACUGAAAACAAAAGAGGAGGCUCUCUGAUAGCACCUGCUGGGAGCCCUGGCACCUUGGACCCAGGAGUAGGACCCAGCGUCCUGGGGUAACAUCACCAAGGACCAGCAGAGCAGCGAACCUUAUCCACCCCACAGCCAGUAGGCACAGCUGGCCCCAGCCCACACUAAUAAACCCCUGAACUGCCAGGAAACCACUCUCCUGCGCUGCAGAGCCAAGCAGCCAAACACCCAGGGCUAACAUGAAUCUAAGAGUAAAAGCGUCCCUGAGAACUCUGGGAUUUAUCCAAAA